AUGGGGCAGGUGGCCUGGAAAGCUCUGUGCCUGUCGCUGUUUGAUUAUAAGACGGAGAAAUAUGUCAUCGCCAAGAACAAGAAAGUGGGGGUGCUCUACCGAGUGGUCCAGCUAUCCAUCAUGGCCUACAUUGUGGGGUAAGGAAAGAAUCUUUGCUCUUCCUUUUCUAAAAAAAUAAUAAUUCUGCGUCAUUGAUACGCACGCACAGUAAAACCAGGCUGGUCCUUCUCCGUCACCUUUCCUGAUGUAUCUUGCUGAUCAGAGAAUCAUGGAAUUAUAGAGCUGGAAGGGAUCCCAAGGGUCAUCCAGACUGACCCCGUGCAACGCAGGAAUCUUUUGGCCAACGUGGGGCUCGGACCCACAACCCUGAGACUGAGAGUCUCAUGCUCUGCUAUUGACGGAUUAUUUGCUGGCUUGUGCUGCUCAGCUCGAAAGCCGAAAUGCAGGGAAACGUCGCAAACUGACUUGCACCAGGUCAGGAAACCGGCCUGCCUACACCCAGUGUUGCCCGCUCUGAGCGGCAGCUGCUCUCUGGGGUUGCCUUGGGCAGAGCAAAGGGUCCUCUUUGUUGCCAGAUCCUUUGAAACGGGAGAGGCCAGGAAUUGAACCCAGAGCCUUCCCCCAUGCACAGGAGUUGUGAGAUUUAAUAGUUGUGAGAUCCCCAGCCGAAGAAGGGUGGGGGGUCGGGGGGGCUGGUGUGUCGCUGGCCAGAACCCCCUGACCUUUGAGCCCGCCUAUCAGGGCUCAUCCUACAACCUGGAAAAGCUGCAGGGAAUAGGCUACAUUUUUAAAAACACACUGGCGUUUGGAUUUUGCAAGUUUGCACUGAUUUUGCUCGAUGCCAAACAUUCUGCUUCUUUGGGGAUGGGCAUAAAAGCUCUGUUUCAAGGCUGGGCAACCCCAGAUUUAUUUAUUUUUUGCAGGGGGGUUGUCAAGAUGUUGUUUGGGUAGAGGGGGCUUCUAACUGGUGGUGUGGGGGCCAGGAUCCUCAGCCACCAAGGGAGACAGAGAGGGGAGUGUUUGGGCUUUGAGGGCAGCAGCUGGGCACAGACCAGCAAUGCCGACUAGGACUUUGGCAGAUGCCCAGAAUGUUGACUGCCGUUACCCAUGUGGUUUAUGCCUGUCGUUCCAAAACACUUCUUUCUCGGAAACGGCUGCUUCAGAGUCUCCAGGGUGGGCAUGUCCAGGGUGCCUGCGUCGCAUUGCACCCAGGAAUAGCUCUCCGCCGGAUAGGAAUGGGACAUUUGCCGGCAAAACACCACCCUUUUGUGUGUGGGGGGGGGUGUCUUCCUGGUGGGCAUCUGCCGCACACACGUCGUUCAGCUUGCGUCUCUCCCUCCCUGCUGACAGAGGGCUACCAGAACGUCUGCGCUUUGUUGUGCAAAAAGUUCUCCCGCAUCUCGUUCCAGGUAGAGUGCUCCUAAGCAUGGGGUUUCUACUUAGCAGUCGGUUGACAGACCUCUUUAGACACAGUCUAUUUAACAAUAAAUAAAUACUGGCUGGCGAGUGAGGGUUGUCAGUUGCUUUUAGCCACCACACCUGAAUAGAACCUCCACAGUCAGGCGCAGUGCACCUUGCCGUACCAGAUGCUGGAGACAGGUAUCAAGGGCGUUGCUGUUGCCUCCUGCUUGGGAGCAUCAAAAAAUACCUGGCUGUCCUCUGUUGGUAACAGGACACUGGGCAGAAUUCCUCAGCUUUCCCCUGUUCCAACAAGGCUCUUUUUGUUUUCAUUGGUCCCAAGAGAAUGAAGAGCUUUGUAGACCCGCAACCAUUUUCCAUGGUAGAUAUAGUGUUGGAUUCCUAGGAAACAGAAGGACUCCGUUUGUCUUUAUGAUCUGAAAAACCUUUCUCCUGAUCACUCAUGCGGGAGACGUUCCAUAGUUAUCCACCGGUGGUGAGGGAAAUGCACUCUGGACAUGCUCAGGGGCACUCUCGCCUCUUCUUUUUCCAAGGAGUACUGCCUCCAGUUAUGGAUGCCACAUGUGAAGGAGGGUGUGGACAAACUGGAACCUAGAGGAAGGGCAGCCAGGAGAACAAGGGACGUGAAUACCAGGUCAUGUGUGAAGCCACAGCUGAAAGAGAGCUAAGUGUGGUUAGCUUGGAGGAAAGACGUUUAAGGGUUAGGGAAAUGACAGCCGUCUCCAAAUAGCUGGACGGCUGUCACAUAGAAAAUGGAGCAGACUUGUUCUCUGUCGCUCCACAGGUCGGGAUUUGAACCCGGCGCUCAAAAAUUACAGCGAAGCAUAUUUCAGCAAGACAGCAGGAGGCAGUUCCUACUUGUAAGGAGAGCUGUUCAACAGGGGAACAGCCUGUAUUUGGAGGCAGCGGACUCAUCCUGCAUUGCAGAUCCUGCACUGAGCAGUGGGUUGGACUACAUGAGCUCGAGGGUCCCCUUUGCGACCCUGAAAUGCUCUGAUUCCAUUCUGCCUUGUUUCCUUCAUUCCCCAUUUACCACUUGCAUUUCAGGGUAUUUGCAAUGACCGGCUGUGGGCGAAAGUGAGGGCUGGUAAUCUCAGAGUGGGGUUUUUGUGGCUGAUGUUGGCGCAGACUGGGCACUCUGUACAUGUUCAGUUUGCUUUGGUCCGGCGUUUCCAUAGUACAGGAUUGUAACAAGAUGAUUGGGUCGGGACCAGUGCAGGGAAUGGAUAUCUCUGGCCCUAUGUAUCGAGAGCGAAAGGUGUAUUGCACGGAUUUUUCCAGGAGGACUGAAUGCAGAAUUUAUUAUUUCCAACAUGCUUCACAGCAAAAGUGUGUUUGUGUGUGUGUUGCUGUCCAACCCGUCAGAAAAAUUUACAAUUCUGGGCAUAUUUAUUCAGAAAUAAACCUCUGUUUUCCAAGCGCUUUGGAAGUGCAUUUGGGAACUGCACACAGACUCAGAUGAUUAAUGGAUCCAUUGAAUGGAUUGAUUUAAUCAGCUAAAACAUCUGCAUAUAUUAACAAACCCGCAAUGUCCCCGUCCCACUGGAGGUUUAAAGGAGACUUGUUUUGUUGAGUCGGUACAAAAUGGAGUUGGUGGUGGGGCUGAAAAUGGUCGUGGGGCUCAGGAAGAAAAUGGGAAUCCUUCCGGUAUCCACGGGUUUCUUUUAAAAACCACAGUUCCUUUACAAAUAAUCUGGUGCUCAAGUUAUAGAAGGACGUGUGAGAAUUUAAAUCAGCAUGGAUUUUCUGAUUGAGACAGAUGUUUUGAGACUACAGUUCCCAUCAUCCCUGACCACUGGUCCUGCUAGCUAGGGAUCAUGGAAGUUGUAGGCCAAAAACAUCUGGAGGGCUGAGACUGAGGAAGCCUGGAUCCUCAGGGUCCCUUCCAACUCGAUGAUUCUCUGAAAGGUUCUGGGUUCGAUUCCUUGCCAGAGUGGUGUAGUGGUUAAGAGCGGUAGUCUCGUAAUCUGGUGAACCAGGUUCGAUUCCCCGCUCCUCCACAUGCAGCUGCUGGGUGACUUUGGACUAGUCACACUUCUUUGAAGUCUCUCAGCCCCACUCACCUCACAGAGUGUUUGUUGUCGGGGAGGAAGGGAAAGGAGAAUGUUAGCCGCUUUGAGACUCCUUCGGGUAGUGAUAAUGCGGGAUAUCAAAUCCAAACUCUUCUUCUUCUUCUUGCAUUGAUGAAGAAUCUCAUCUUAGGGGGAUUGAAAGCUCCCCACAUUGGAAAGCUUCUGCCAGUCAGUGCAUGUAGACAAGGCCAAGCGUUCUUCCAGACUGUCGCUAUCUAUUGAAUCAGUACCAAACAACUUCCGGUGCUCCUGAUUAAACUUUUCGUUCCAGACCAUGAGGACUAGAAUCUUGCUUUGUUUUUAGGGAAUGCUCAGAACUCGGUGGUUAUGCAGAAGGUGUCAGGUCCAGUUCCCAAUGGCACCCCCAGGGUGGGCUGAGAUAUAUUCCCUGGCUGAAACCCUGGAGAGCUGCUGCCAGUCGGUGCAGACAACACUGAGCUAGAUGGACCAUUGGGGCUGACUCUGUCCUCUGCCUGCAACUGGCUUUCAGCUGCUCUUCUGCAAAGCCCCAUUCAGCACAGAUCAGGUUGCCAUGGCAGCAACGUGGAGGAUGCUUUAGCGCAGUGAUCGUCGGUGCUGCAGAAUUUGGGAGCAGGCGUGGCCCACCGUGACUUCACGUCCCACGGAGGUGGCAAACCCUUCUCAGCCCAAGGACAACCACUUAGGGGGCAGAUGCCUAUAGGGCUAAAAGGGGCUCUCUCCUGCCAGGCAAACCAUGUGUGCUUCUGCCCAUCGCUGCCCCCCCUGAAAAUCUCCCUCAUUUCUGGCAAUUCUCUCCCACACGAGGUAGUGAUCGGCCCCCAACCUGGAUGGCUUUUUUUUAAAAAAUAAAUUUUAUUUUUGUAUUUUCUGUUUUGCAUAAACGAAUGGAUUAAAUACAUAUACAUAUACAUAUACAUAUACAUAUAACCCCUUCUGACUUCCCUCCCCCCACCGUGGAUCUGAACGUAAUGAUUUCCCCCUCUGCAUCUCUAUCGUAAGUCUAUUUUUAUAAAUCAUUAGUUCAAGUUUUUACCACAAGUUUUCUGUCAAUCCUACCAAUGUAUGUAAUUGUUUACAAUAGUCCCCCCCCCCCAAAUAAAUCAUAAACUUUCCCCAUUCUUUAUUAAAGACCUCCUCUUCCUGGGUGUGGGUGGGUGUGUUUAAAUUUUCUGUUUUACAAUUUAAAAUACUUAUUUCAACAUCCUUAAAAUAUCAACGACUUCCCUUUCCGUGGUUCAUUUUGCAUAUCAUAAAUCCCUGCGUAUUUUACAAAAACGAAACCGUUCAGUGUUCCAUUAUUACAUCUGUCCAAACUUAUUUGCACAGCUGAAUUUAUCUUAAUGCUGCUAAACCUCUUCCUGGUUUCUAAUUCUUCCCGUGAAUUUUGCCAUCUGGACACUGUUCAUCAGUUUUGUCCAUUUGGCUUUAAAAGAGGAACCGGGCAAAUCCACGAAGGAGGAUAGAGCCACUGUCCCUCCACCAAAUACUGUACCAGUUUGACGAAGGCUUCUGUUUCUUUCUCUGGCCAGAUGAGUCCGAGCAGGGGUAGGCAAACUAAGGCCCAAGGGCUGGAUCCGGCCCAAUCGCCUUCUAAAUCCGGCCCACGGACGGUCCGGGAAUCAGCGUGUUUUUACAUGAGUAGAAUGUGUCCUUUUAUUUAAAAUGCAUCUCUGGCUUAUUUGUGGGGCAUAGGAAUUCGUUCAUUUGUUUUUUCAAAAUAGAGCCCGGCCCCUCACAGGGUCUAAGGGAUAUAUAGUCCGGCCCCCUGCUGAAAAUGUUUGCUGACCCCUGAGUCAGAGGAAGAAACACAAGCCGUCAUUCACUUCCCUGAGUUGAUGUCCUUCUUCAGCACAGAUGCUGAAGGAGAAGCAGAGGAGUAGAUUCCAAGAAGGAGCCCAAGGCGAUAGGUAAGGCAGAUUGUCCUAGUUCUAGGGGUUGCGCCGACCCUGCGAGGUAGGACGGUUGUGGCGCUGGAAUGCCUUUGUUGGGUCUCGAUGAGCAUCUGACAUCCGGUUGUGAAAGCUCACCAGUAUCCUCAUCCUCCAUCCAACGCAGGACUCUCUUGCCAUCCAUCUCCUCCCCUCUGGUUGUGAUGCUUCUUGAAAUCUGUUCCUCUGCUCAUCUUUCCUGUUCGUAUCCUUCUUUUCUUCCGAGGAGCUCGAGGUGGCAAGCAGACAAGUCCUCCCUAUUUUUCUCUUUCUUUAUCAAUCACUCAUAGCUGAGUAAGAUUGUCUUCCAUAAACACGGUUUUAACAAUGAGUCCCUAAGUGACUGUGGAGGCCAAUUCUGGAUCCACACAUCCUUCCACAGUGGGGACAUGGGUUUCCGGGCGGGAGUUGAUCCUCAGGCUGUGCUUAGCAAGUAGGAAGCAGCAAACAAUGCGUAAUUUAAAAAAUAUAAGAUCAAGCCGUUAUACCAAUCUGUCCCCCUGCCCCCAUCGUUCUGCCCGGACACUAAGGCCUAGCUCCAAGGAGGGCCUUCUGGCGGUUCCCACACUGUGAGAUGUGAGGUUACAGGGAACCAGGCAGAGGGCCUUCUUGGUGGUGGCGCCCGCCCUGUGGAAUGCCCUCCCAUCAGAUGUCAAGGAAAUAAACAACUAUCUGACUUUUAGAAGACAUCUGAAGGCAACCCUGUAUCGGGAAGUUUUUAAUGUUUGAUGUUUUAUCGCCUAUUAUUAUUAUUAUUAUUAGGGAUGCGGGUGGCGCUGUGGGUUAACCCACAGAGCCUAGGGCGUGCCGAUCAGAAGGUUGGAGGUUCCAAUCCCCGCGACGGGGUGAGCUCCUGUUGCUUAGUCUCUGCUCCUGCCAACCUAGCAGUUCAAAAGCACGUCCAAGUGCAAGUAGAUAAAUAGGUACCGCUCUGGCGGGAAGGUAAACGCCGUUUCCGUGUGCUGCUCUGGUUCGCCAGAAGCGGCUUAGUCAUGCUGGCCACAUGACCCGGAAGCUGUACCCCGGCUCCCUCAGCCAAUAAAGCGAGAUGAGCGCCGCAACCCCAGAGUCGGCCAUGACUGGACCUAAUGUUCAGAGGUCCCUUUACCUUUAUUAUUAUUAUUAUUAUUAAUCUGUUGGCAGAUGCCCAGAGUGGGUGGGGUAAUAGUAAUAAUAAAUUAUUAUUAUUAUUAUUAUUUUUACACAGUUUCCUUUGAGCUGGGGAACAGAAGCCAAGAGAAACAUCAGCAUCAUUAUGUGUGCAAUUAAAACACAGCAUUUUUUCUAUAAGUUGCAGAAUUCUACUUUCCUUAGGGAGAUACUAUGGGUUGCCCUUUUUUAAUUUUUCUGUCAGGGCAGUGUGCACGAGUUUUCACUUGGGAGACGGCUGAUGUGCUGACCCAGAUCCCUGUAGACAUCAAAGGAGAGCAAAUUGCUUCCCUGUGGCCAAGAUGCCUCUCUGACGCGUGGGCGCUCAAGGAUGUGACAGUCAUUUAGGUGGCACGUGGCUGUCGAACGACAUACUUUCUGACGCAGCUGUCAGCGUUUAAUUACGGUACAUUUAAUUCCCUGCUUCCGCCUGGGCUCGGCAAUUCAGUAAUUUAAGCCACGUGGAGGUGGUGAUACCUUCAAGAUUUCGUUUAGGAAGAAAGCAGACUCCCCACCCCCCUGAGAAUGCCACCAGCUUUCUCUCCCCACCACACAUGGCUGCGGUGACUUUUACUAGCUGUGUGACAGGCAGAAAUUCAACAGGGAAUGCUUUAUCCUCCCCAUAGAGAAGCCAGUGGCUUGCUUUGCCUUGCAGUUCCGGCUGCGGUAUGCAGAGAAUUCCAAAGUAGGGAAAGGAGUCAGUCCACAAUCCAAUCUGUGCAUCAGGAGGGAUGGAGUCCUGGUCACCCCGAGACUCACAAAGGGAGACACCAAUGAGUGCCCAAGUGCUACUGGCAGCAAUUCCUAGGACUUCUAGCUUCCAGCUGGAAAUAUUCCUGGAAAUGAAACCCCUUCCAAAGUGGCCGUAGUAGUAGUAACAACAACAACAACAACAACAACAAAAAUAAAAAUAAAAAUAAAAAUAAUUAAUAAUUAUUUAUACCCCACCCAUCUGGCUGGGUUUCCCCAGCCACUCUGGGCAGCUUCCAACAAAAUAUUAAAAACACAAUAAAAUAUCAGACAUUACAAGCUUCUCUGCUGUAAUGUUUUUAACACUCGAUUGGGAGCUGCCCAGAGUGGCUGGGGAAACUCAGCCAGAUGGGCGGGGUAUAAAUUUAUUAUUAUUAUUAUUAUUAUUAUUAUUAUUAUUAUUAUUAUUAUUAUUAUUAUAAACAGGGCUGCCUUCAGAUGUCUUCUAAAAGUCAGACACUUGUUUAUUUCCUUGACAUCUGAUGGUAGGGCGCUCCACAGGGCAGGCACCACCAACCAGAAGGCCCUCUGCCUAGUUCCCUGUAACCUCACUUCUUGCAGGGAAGGAACCGCCUGAACCUCAGUGUCCGAUCUGAACGAUGUGGGUGGAGACGCUCCUUCAGGUAUACUGGACUGAGGCCAUUUAGGGCUUUAAAGGUCAGCAUCAGCACUUUGAAAUGCGCUCGGAAACAUACCAGGAGCCAGUACAGGUCUUUCAGGACUGGUGUUAUGUGAUCUCGGCGGCCGCUCCCUGUCACCAGUCUAGCUGCCGCAUUCUGGAUUAGUUGCAGUUUCCGGGUCGCCUUCAAAGGUAGCCCCACGUAGAGCACGUUGCAGUAGUCCAAGCGGGAGAUAACCAGAGCAUGCACCAUUCUGGUGAGACAGUCCGCAGGCAGGGAGGGUCUCAGGCUGCGUACCAGAUGGAGCUGGUAAACAGCCGCCCUGGACACAGAAUUGACCUGCGCUUCUACGGACAGCUGUGAGUCCAAAAUGACUCCCAGGCUGCGCACCUGGUCCUUCAGGGGCACAGUUACCCCAUUCAGGACCAGGGAGUCCUCCACACCAACCCGCCUCCUGUCCCCCAAAAGCAGUACUUCUGUCUUGUCUUGUCUUGUCAGGAUUCAACUUCACCCGCCAUCCAUCCUCCAACCGCCUCCAGACACUCACACAGGACAUUCUCCGUCUCUUUUGUGCCUGGUUUGAGCCCUGAUUUUUAAUUCCGCCCAAGCCCCAAGAACUGACUUCUGAUGGAACAUUAGCAGCUUCCUUUAUUGAAGCAGACCGGCUCAGUCCAGCUCAGUAUUGUCUACACUGACUGGCAGCAGCUCUCUAGGGUUUUGCGCAGGGAGUCGUUUCCCAGUCCACAGUUUCAGAGCAAGGGAAUUUCCUACCCUACCUGGAGGCAAUGGGGAUUGAACCCUGAACCUCCUGCGUGCAAAGCAGAGGCUUCCCUGAGAUACAAAACAAGAGUUCUAGUCCUCAUGGUUCUGGAUUUAAAGGUGAUUAAAUAAGAGCAGAGGGAGUUGCCUCAGACCAAGUUAUCCAGCUCAGUACAACAUGCAUUUUAUUGAAACACAAGAGCAGUCAAGUACAACAUCCCUAGAGUGGACAUAAAAGGGGAUGUCUGGACCAGCCAGUUGGAACUUCCUGUUUCUCCUAAGCUAGGACAGACUUCCUCUGCAUGUGACUAGAGGUGGGCGUGGCCUCACCUGCCCAGGUAACAAAAGAGCAGGACUGGUCAGCCAUCUCUCUCUCUCUGACCACAUUUGUCGAAGAAGCAACAUCUGCUUAGCCUAUGAUGCUUUCUUGGCUUCCAGCCAAGAGAGGACAAAGGGACUGUCUCCUUAUGAGAUAGUUUCCAGGUGUAUGUUACUUUUCUAAGCUAAGUCUGAUUCUGGGAUCCAAUUGUGAACAGAAUGUGAGUGAGUAAACUCUUUUUAUACUUUUAUAGAAGACUGUGUCGUGUCUGAUCUUUUUAUGAGGGACUAAAUGGGGAAUUACCUUUAAAACCUGCUUUAGAGGCUUUAGCGAGCCUGAGCAAACGCAUCCACUGCGAGUUUAAAGGGGGGAAUGUUACUCUGCUAAAUUGUGGAACUUGUUAACACAAGUUGGAAAGGCUAUAAUCAAACAAUAUAUCCUCUCCUGCAUCCCUGAACAUUCUCGCAGUCUAGACCAGGCACGUCCAACAGGUAGAUCGUGAUAUAAUCUGUUGUAGAUCACUGGUCGAUCACUGGCAGUCUCUUGGGAAAUGGCCACCCCUGGUCUAGACUGACUGGGAGAUGCCAGGAACCGAACCUGGGCGUUUUGCAUGCAAAGCAGAUGCUCUACCGCUGAGCUACGACCCCUUCCCAAAGGAAAGGCGAAGUCAAGAAACAAAUGGGAUGUUAAUUACCAUUUGAAAAAAAGAGUGCCCCUGGGCAUGUCCAGAAGGCCAACCAUCCAUCACAGCUCUGAUUUAGCCCCUGAUUCAGAAAACUCUGUGUCGACUGUUGUUUCACUCUCUGUUGCAUUUCCAGGUGGGUCUUCGUGGUCAAGAAAGGCUACCAGGAUGUGGAUACGUCUAUCCAGAGCUCCGUCAUCACCAAGGUGAAAGGCGUGGCUUUCACCAACACCUCUGAGCUGGGCGAGAGGCUGUGGGAUGUCGCAGACUAUGUCAUCCCCCCACAGGUACCCACACUGACCCAGUUUGGCUGCCUUCUUUCCCCUGAUUCUAAGCAUCAAUAUAUUUGUCUCUCAUAUAUAGAUUUAUAUAGAUAGGGGACGCAGGUGGCGCUGUGGGUUAAACCACAGAGCCUAGGACUUGCCGAUCAAAAGGUUGGCGGUUCGAAUCCCCGCGACGGGGUGAGCUCCCGUUGCUCGGUCCCUGCUCCUGCCAACCUAGCAGUUCGAAAGCACGUCAAAGUGCAAGUAGAUAAAUAGGUACCGCUCUGGCGGGAAGGUAAACGGCAUUUCCGUGCGCUGCUCUGGUUUGCCAGAAGCGGCUUAGUCAUGCUGGCCACAUGACCCGGAAGCUGUACGCUGGCUCCCUCGGCCAAUAAAGCGAGAUGAGCGCCGCAACCCCAGAAUUGUCCGUUUACGGAAGACAGUCUUACUCGGCUACGAGUGAUCACCAAGGACGAAGAAGAAGAUUAAUUUACAAGCCCUGAAGUCCAGGGUAGCUCAGGGAUUGCCUGAAUCUUUUAUAUCCUGGCAAAGAUCACCUGCAGGAAUGUCUCUGGUCAUCCCCCUACAUUGGUGAAGCUCACUGUAGAACAAGAAGAAACUCGGCCACUAGAGAUUCAUCGGGCGUCUUCUCUGCCAACUUUGGCAAAUUUGUUUUUUUUUUUUUAAAUGAUAUUUAUUAAAGUUUCAAAAGAAGGAUACAUAAAUAAGAAAAAGAAAAAUAGAAGAAAGAAAAAUACAAAAUACCAAAAAAAAAUUAAAAACAAUUCCAUCUUUUCAUCACUUCUCUUUCAUUUACUUGUUUACCGGACCUCCUCAUACCUCCCUUUUUUGUAUUCCAGUUCAAUUUAUUUGUUCAGCAAUUCCUUUCCCUCCUUUUUAAUCCUGAUCUUUAAUCUUAAUAUAUUAUAGCAUUAGGUUUUUACAUAUUGAAAAUCCAAUUUUUCCAUAUUCUUUUAUACCAUUACAGCUAGAAACCGCUUAACUUCAAUCCAAAAUCAUUCUAACAUUCAUUAAUUUUGCAAUAUUUCUGUAAAUAGUCUUUAAAUUUCUUCCAAUCUUCUUCCACCGACUCUUCUCCCUGGUCUCGGAUUCUGCCAGUCAUUUCCGCCAAUUCCAUGUAGUCCAUCAUUUUCAUCUGCCAUUCUUCCAGUGUGGGUAGGUCUUGUGUCUUCCAAUGCUUUUCAAUAAGUAUUCUUGCUGCUGUUGUAGCGUACAUAAAGAAAGUUCUGUCCUUCUUUAACACCGAUUGGCCGACUAUGCCCAGGAGAAAGGCCUCUGGUUUCUUCAAGAAGGUAUAUUUAAAUACCUUUUUUUAAUUCAUUAUAAAUCAUCUCCCAGAAAACCUUAAUCCUUGGGCACGUCCACCAAAGGUGAAAGAAUGUACCUUCAGUUUCUUUACAUUUCCAACAUUUGUUAUCGGGCAAAUGGUAGAUUUUUGCAAGCUUGACUGGGGUUAUGUACCACCUGUAUAUUAUUUUCAUAAUAUUCUCUCUUAAGGCAUUGCAUGCCGUAAACUUUAUACCUGUGGUCCACAACUGCUCCCAGUCAGCCAUCAUUAUGUUAUGUCCAACAUCUUGUGCCCAUUUAAUCAUAGCAGAUUUCACCGUUUCAUCCUGAGUAUUCCAUUUCAACAGCAAGUUAUACAUCUUUGACAAAAUCUUAGUUUUGGGUUCUAACAAUUCUGUUUCUAAUUUUGAUUUUUCCACCUGGAAGCCGAUUUUCUUGUCCAAAUUGUAUGCCUCCAUUAUCUGAUAAUAAUGAAGCCAGUCUCGGACUUUGUUUUUUAGUUUUUCAAAACUCUGCAGUUUCAAUCUAUCUCCAUCUUGUUCCAAAAUUUCCCAAUAUUUCGGCCAUUUGACCUCCAUAUUAAGCUUUUUCAGAGCUUUCGCUUCCAUCGGUGACAGCCACCUUGGGGUUUUGUUUUCCAAUAAGUCCUUAUAUCUUAUCCAAACAUUAAACAGUGCUUUCCUGACAAUAUGGUUUUUAAAUGCUUUAUGUGCUUUGACCUUAUCAUACCACAGAUAUGCAUGGCAUCCAAAUACAUUGUUAAAACCUUCCAACUUUGGCAAAUUUGGAUGGCCAGGCCUGUGUGCGUUGAGUCUUGCCAGGACUCUCUGAGCCUGUGGAUUUCCCCUGCAAAUCCUCCUGGCCUUUGUGGAUUCCUUGCUGGUUUCUCUUCAAGGUGAACGCAGCCCAGUCCCCUGGGCCUCUCUCUGCAGGGAUGUGGCUCUAUGCGCCAUGCUAAGUAUAGCCACUGACUGUAGCAAUAAACAAGGAUUGCAAGGUGAGCCAAAGGCUUUUUUUAAGAAGAGGAAGAAGUAGCUCCCACGGGCCGCAAAUUAAAGUGCUUUUAAAAUCGCCCUGCUGCUUGAAACGGGAGGUUUCAUAGAACCGGCAGAUAUGGGGAAUGAUCGAUGCUGCCUUUUAAUGUCAGUAGCUCUUAAUAAUGUGCAGCCUGCAAAUCACCCGGAUGACUACCAGAAGGCUGUUCGAAGGGAUCCUAGCUGUUGGGUCAGGCCAGAGGGAGCCCAUCUAGGCCUGCAUCCUGGACCAACGAGAUGCCCCUUUAAUAAACGAAAAUCUGCCCUGAUUCCCUUAUGGGGGACACAAGAGCCCUGAUAGAGUCUAUUGCAGGUUCUCCAUCAGUCGGAGAAAAUAACAGAGGCCAACUAGAGAAUAUUGAGAAGCAAAGCAACUAGUAAGCCUGAUCUUUAUUGAACUGUUGCAACAGGGUGCCCCCUUCACAUGCAGGAGAAGGAGGAGGAUCCCAAACAAAGGUGUGCCCGCCCUUAUAUAGACAUUUUAAAUUGCCCGCCCUGGAGUCCGAAACCACCUCCAGAAACAUCAUACAUACAUCACAGAAGGGGUGGUCUACAACAGAAAUCUGAGUGCGUUGUUUAUCUCCUGUCUGGCAGGUUACCUAUUAAUGGUCACUUGAUUGGAUUACCUGGGGAGCCUGGCCAGUCUUUUGUAAUGAUAAAUACUUAGUUCCUGGGCCAGGUCACAGGCUCACACCCUAUUCAUAUCUUAAAUGUGCCCUUAAGACAGGUUUUGUGAAGGAAAAGACAAUGGGGAGGCUUUUCCAUUUUCCUUUGACCUUGCAGAGAAAACAUUUGGUCAGUUUGGGAGCAAAAAUGGCUCCAGGGCUGCCCUCCUGUGCUGCCUCAGACACGUGGCCCAUACAUUUAUGUACGUGUUUGCCUGGCACAUCCAUGAACAUUUAUUAUACAUAUAUAAGACCUUAAUUUUUUUUAUUUCACCCCGAUGGGAAACAGGAAAGCAGGACCUGAGCACAAGAACAGUUCUCUGCUCCUGUGGUUUCCACCAACUGAUAUUCAGAGGCAUGUGCAUUGCGUGUUAGGGGAAAGGUCUUCGCUCUGGUGGGGGACACAUCCUGCUCCUUCUGGGGUUGUUCAUCCAUGCUUGGUCCCCACCCUGCACUUGGCUCUCACCUGCGGCUCCUGGAAGCUGCCAGCAUGCGACAUCGGCCACACCCCAGGAAAUGGCUUCGACUGGCUGGCUCAGCCAGUUGAGGGGAGCCGAUGGGUCUCAAACCCUCAGUGAGUUAGGGGCUUCCCUUGCCUGCAAAGACAGGCUCUGGCGGAUCAAGCAGACGAGACCAAGAGUGAGUCCAACGGUCAAGAAGGCAGUUUCUGCACAUGCUGUAGUGUGAUAGGAAUUUUGAGGUCUUAGAUAUAUGGUAAUGUUCAUAAGUGUACCAACCAAGCACGUACAUAGAUCAGCACAGGAAGACCGACCUGAAACCAUUUUGAUUCCCAAACUGUCCCAAACUGACCAAAUGUUUUCUCUGCAAGGUCAAGGAAAAUGGAAAAGCCUCCCCAUUGUCUUUUCCUUCACAAAUCCUGUCUUAAGGGUAUGUCUGUGUUUGAAUAGGGUGUGAGCCUGUGACCUGGUCCAGGAACUAAGUACUUAUCAUUACAAAAGACUGGCCAGGCUCCCCAGGGUAUCCAAUCAAGUAAGCAGGGUAUCCAAUCAAGUAACCUGCCAGACAGGAGAUAAACAACAACAGGAGAAAAACAACAUUCAAAUUUCUGUUUUAGACCGCCUUUUCUGUGAUGUAGGUAUGAUGUAUCUGAGGGGUGGUUUUAGGUUACAGCCCUUCUGUGAUGUAUGUAUGAUGUUUCUAGGGGUGGUCUUGAUCUACAGGGUGGCAAUUUCAAAAGUCUUUAUAAGGCCUUGCGCACCAUUUUUUCUGGGUUCCUCUUCCUCUCUCCUGCGUGUGGUGAGUGAGGACCCUGUUGCAACAGAUCAAUAAAGAUCAGGCUUACGAGCUGCUUUGCUUCUCAAUAUUCUCUGGUUGGCCUCUGUUAUUUUCUCCUACCAAUAGGGAACCUACGUAAGGACUCUGUAUGGGCUCUUGGAUACCCCAUAAGGGGAAAAAGGGCAUUUUUUGUUUACAACAGUAGCAGCCUUUCUCAACCUGUGGGUCCCCAGAUGUUGUUGAACUACAACUCCCAUCACCCCUAGCUAGCAAGGCCAGAGUUCAGGGAUGAUGGGAGUUGUAGUCUAACAACAUCUGGGGACCUACAGGUUGAGAACCGCUGCGAGGGAAGUGAGGAGCAGGUGCGGCUUGUCCACCUGGGAAAGGAGCCCAUGUAGAAGAAGGAAAGCUCUGAUGCUAAACCUCCGCUGCCUUGCAGGAUAUUCUCAGGAGAAGAAAAGGCUCCAGGGAGGAGACUCUGAGACGGUUGGAUGUCGGCUUUUACACCUCCUUCUGGCAACUUCUGCAGCCAAGCUGCUGCCAAACGUCUUGCUCUGCUUUCCUUUGGACCACCUCAGCGAGAGCGAGAGGGGGGUCUUGUCGUCUGGGGCAGCCCAGGACUUCCAGACACACUGCUCAGACUUGAGCCCCGGGGAGGUCACUUCGGAGCUGCUAACAGAGCAGUUUAACUUCACCCCCGGAGGCCGACUCCAUUGUCUCUCAAGCCAGGCAGUUGCCAACAACAGCCUCCAACAGUGUGGGUGAAAAAUAGCCAUCUUAACUAGUAUCCAUUCUGAAUGAAAUCAGCUUUGAGUCCUCACUGGAAGGACAGAUCCUGAAGCUGAGGCUCCAAUACUUUGGCCACCUCAUGAGAAGAGAAGACUCCCUGGAAAAGACCCUGAUGCUGGGAAAGAUGGAGGGCACAAGGAGAAGGGGACGACAGAGGACGAGAUGGUUGAACAGUGUUCUCGAAGCUACGAACAUGAGUUUGACCAAACUGCGGGAGGCAGUGGAAGACAGGAGUGCCUGGCGUGCUCUGGUCCAUGGGGUCACGAAGAGUCAGACACGACUAAAUGACUAAACAACAACAAACUAGUAUCCACUGAUAAUCUUUUCCUCCAUAAAGGAUAUUAAUCUGGCGUGGAAAGGUAGAGAAACAAGCAAUUAAAAACAAUAGUGAUUUCUCACAGCAGCUACCCAGACGCCCCAACAAGAAUGUCACAAGUAGCACCACUUUCUCUCCCCAGUCUGUGGUUUCCAGCACUGGUAUUCAGAAUCAUUCUUCCUCCAACAGUUGAGGAAGAACAUGACCAGUAUAGACCAGUAGAGCCUGAUCUUUGCUUUGCCCACCGUGACCACAGGCCACAUAUUACAGUAUUUUCUUGGUCCUCAAGUCGUCAGAUUUUUCCUAGCAAAAUUCUGAAACUCACUACCUCCUAACCCCUUUUCUCUGUUUCGUCUCCUCAGGGCGAAAGCGUCUUCUUUGUGAUGACCAACUUGAUUGUCACUCCAAACCAACGGCAGGACACCUGUGCUGAGGUAGGCGUUUGUGAACACGGAGAAGCGUUGUGAGUGCUUGUGUCUUAGACAGCGGGCAGGGCAGCAGUUUUGGAGACCAUGUGUCAAGAUUUCAGCAACAAUGACUUGGACAGUCCGAUGGCAGCAGGAUAGGAACAGAGGCGCUUCCAGUCAGACACUGUUUUGGGGUGGGAUUCCGUUAAAUGCCAAAAAAAUUCAGGUUGCAGAAUUAUACUGCAAUGGGAGGUCUUGCACAGCAAACCCACUUCCCUCAAAAUAUCGGGCUUUUUUUGCAAUAAGAAAAGGCAUAUAUAAUCUCCCCACAAACAAAUAAUAACAAAUGCUCAGUAAAUAGCCAUCUUUGUUGACUGAUGCUGCAAAAAAAAUCAGGUUGAAUGCACAUUAAACAGGCCAUCUAGAACCACCUAAGAGACCUGGGAUUUGACAACCUGGAAUUCCCAAGAAGGACACUGAGGUCUAGCCGCUUGUUGUUGUUGUUUAAGUUCGCGUUGGUUCCAGACCACUAGGGGGGUGUGGGAGAAUUUUGUUAGAAAGAGGAAUGGAGAUUCCUGCAUGGUCCUCCAAAAUAAGUUAAUACGAGUACAGUAGUAUUCGCAAUCGUUGGUUUUCUACUCUAGAGGAAUUAUGUACAGUGGUACCUUGGUUCUCAAACACCUUGCUACUCAAACAACUUGGUACCCAAACAUUGCAAACCCGGAAAUGAGUGUUCCAGUUUGCGAACUUUUUUGGAAGCUGAACGUGCUCCGUUUUGAGUGUUAUGCUUCCGAUUUGAGUGCCACACUUCCAUUUUGAGUAUUACGCUGAGGUCUGUCUGUUUUUGCUAUUUAUUUUGAAUUUUUUGUUUUGUUUUAUUGCUUUCAUUUUCUGGCUCAAUGGUCUCGUUAGACAGCAAAAUGCAUGUUAAAAUGCUGUUUUAGGGGUUGUUUUUAAAAGUCUGGAACGGAUUAAUCCAUUUUGCAUGACUUUCUAUGGGAAAGCGCACCUUGGUUUUGGUGGAAUGCUUUGGUUUCGGAACUGACUUCCGGAACGGAUAAAGUUUGAGAACCAAGGUGCCACUGUAUAAUAAUUACAUUAGCUUAAUCCAUUGAAAUGUUGCUGUGAGAACGGUGUUAUGUACUGAAGUUCUCACCCUGGGCCAGCAGGGGGACACUGUAGAUAGUUAUGCAAAUAAGGGAUCGAAAGUGAUGUUCAGUGAUUGGAUAGUUUUAGAAAAUUGUUACAGUUACAUUGUACUGGAGCUCUAUAUAAGCAGGCUGACUGAACCCUUCAGUUCAGUUCUGUCCUGGCCUGUGAAUAAACAAGAGCUGUUUGAAGAAUUGCUGUGUCGUCUGAUAUGUUCACCCACAACUUAACAAACAGAAUGUUGGGCUAGAUGGGUCUGAUCUAGCAGGUUCUUCUUGAGAUCUUAUGUUCACUAUUGCAGCCACAACGGUGGAAAUAGCAUCCUCACUCCUGGCCACAUACACAGAGGAAGGACAUUGGUGGAGUUCCAAUUAAAAAGGUUUGCGAGGUACUCUAAAUCAGCCAUCACUUACCUGCUGCCCUCCUGCUGCUACGGACUACAACUCCCAUCAGCCCCUCCUCAGUGCAGAUGGGGAAGGAUGCUUGUGUGGCGCAGUGGUUAGAGUAUCAGACCAGGACUGGGGAGAUUCUGGGUUCAAACCCCCGCUCAGCCAUGCAGGUCUCCAGGUGACGGAUUUUGUGUCAGUCUCUGCCUUCGCCCCUAAUUCACGGGAUUUCCUUCCCCUUUUCCUUACAGAGCUCUGGCAUUCCAGACGCGCUCUGUUACCGCAACAGCGACUGCAAUUCUGGAGAAGCCGUCGUCGCUGGCAACGGUAAGGAUUUCCCAGGCAAUUUCUAAAGGCCUUGCCCCAGCUGGAAAACAAACAGGUUUGCUGCAUAACAGGCAAUUCUGCCUUGAGAUAAAUUUCCAUUUUAAACGGUUACCUCUGCUGCUGUUGAUUUUAUUUUAUAUUUUUGGGGUAACUUUUAAAUCGCUGGGGAAGCCGCCUCGAUUUUCAAAGGUGGGAGGGCUAUCAGAAUGCCGAACGAUAACUGAAAUAAGUGUAAUAAACAAAAUUCUGCCCUUAUUCCCUUAUGGGGGACACAAGAGCCCUUAUAGAGUCCUUUGUAGGUUCUCCAUCAGUCGGAGAAAAUAACAGAGGCCAACCAGAGAGUACUGAGAAGCAAAGCAGCUAGUAAGCCUGAUCUUUAUUGACCUGUUGCAACAGGGUGCUCCCCUCACACGCAGGAGGAGGAGGACCCAGAACCAAGGUGUGCCUGCCCCAACAUAGACAUUUUAAAUUGCCUGCCCUGGAGUCCAAGACCACCCCCAGAAACGUCAUACAUACACCACAGAAGGGGUGUAGCUCAAGACCACCCCCCAAAUACAUCAUACCUACAUCACAGAAAGGGCGGUCUACAACAGAAAUCUGAGUGCAUUGUUUACCUCCUGCCUGGCAGGUUACCUGUUAAUUGUCACUUGACUGGAUUACCUGGGGAGCCUGGCCAGUCUUUUGUAAUGAUAAAUACUUAGUUCCUGAGCCAGGUCACAGGCUCACCCUAUUCAUACACAGACAUACCCUUAAGACAGGAUUUGUGAACAAAAAGACAAUGGGGAGGCUUUUCCAUUUUCCUUCGACCUUGCAGGGAAACAUUUGAGGUCAAUUUGGGAGGGACAAUAUGGUUUCAGGACUUAUUCUGUGGGGUUUCAGACAUGUGGUUUAUAUAUUUAUGUACGUGUUUGCUUGGUACAUUUAUGAACAUUUAUUAUAUAUACAAGACCUUAUUAUUAUUUUUUAUUUCAUAAGUAAUCUACGCAUCCUUAUAAAAGUGAGCGGUUGUUUGUAAAAGUUUCCUGCAAGCUGUGUGUUCCCCUUCUCUGUAGCUCCUUGAAAGCUGUGUGCUCUGUCGUUUUAGCAAACAUUACUCUUCCCCCACAAAAUAUUCCAGCUAGCUGAUUUCCCACCCCCCCUCCAUAACUUUGUCUGCCCUGCAGGAGUCAAGACUGGCCGUUGUCUGAAGGUUGGGAACAGCCUGAGUGGGACGUGCGAGAUCUUAGCUUGGUGUCCGGUGGAGAAGAAAGGCCGGCCAAAGUUUGUCCUAGUUCUUGAAUUUAUUUAUUCACUUAAAAUCACUCUAAAUUUUUUAAUACAGGCCAACUGUGCCACGCUUCCUUGAAGAAUCAUUAACCCAAGCAACCUGUGCUUUUCCUUUAGAAAGCCUCUUCUGGCAAACGCCGAAAACUUCACCGUCUACAUCAAGAACUCCAUCCGCUUCCCCCGGUUUAAGUUCUCCAAGUAAGUAUUGGUCUUCCCUGUUGCUGAACUUUUUGCAGCCGCAGCAAAAGGAACGGCUUCUGCUAGAGGCAAGGAUGGUUUUGAAAUCAGAGUAGUCAAAUUCAUGGAGGAGAGAUCCGGCAGCAAUAGGCUCUUGUCAGAGGAAACGCCUCCCAGUCCCUCUACAGUGGUACCUUGGGUUACAUACGCUUCAGGUUACGUACACUUCAGGUUACAGACUCCACUAAUCCAGAAAUAGUACCUCAGGUUAAGAACUUUGCUUCAGGAUUAGAACAGAAAUCGCGUGGCAGCAGUGGGAGGCCCCAUUAGCUAAAGUGGUGCUUCAGGUUAAGAACAGUUUCAGGUUAAGUACGGACCUCCGGAACAAAUUAAGUACUUAACCUGAGGUACCCCUGUAUUCCCAGUGUUCAGCUGGUAAGCGCAGAUCAUUAUUUUGCCAAAACGGCACAAGGGAGAUAUCAACAGAAUUCAGGGAACCCCCAAAGGGUUUGUAAAAUUACAAAAAGUGUUUGGAGAAAAAAGCCUACAUGGGGAAUUCUUUCCCCACCUCCCCCAAAAAUUGAUUGUGAGUUUUAUCAGCCAUUGGUUUAUUGGCUGUCUGGUUUACUGGAGGUUUUGUACAGUGCUUUUUUUUUCUUUAAAAAUGUUUAGGAAUACUCUCAUUUUGACUCAAGAAAAUCACCAUUUUAUAGUUCAAAUCGGGGGAAAUAAAUACCUUAUUGGCCUGAAUAUAACCCUCACUUUUUUUCCAAAUUCUGACUAUGAAAAGUUAAAGUGCGGCUUAAAAUUGUGACCUUACAAAAAUUGCCUUUUAUGAUGUCGCUGCUGAAACAGACAUACGGUAAAACAGAAUGGGUGUGAGUGCCUGCGGGAUUUUAAGGGAGCUGCUUAUAUUCUGGUAUUGUCGAUUUUUUCUUUUCCCCCCUUGAAUUUUAAAGGUGCGGCUUGUUUGCAGGUGCAGCUUAUAUUCGGGCCAAUAUGGUACAGCAAAUGGACAAAGGGACAAAGAUUCACAAACAGUUUAGGGGUACGCGUCCCCCCAGGAGAAAAACCCCACUGGUUUUGUAUAUGGGACACAUGGUUACGAUUUGCUGCUACAUUAGUGGGGUCAUGACUUUGUGGUUUUAAAGAACGGGCAUGUCAUUUUCGUACAAUUGGUUUGUCUGCUUGGUUGUCUGAGCUCCAUCCUGGGGAACGAAAGAUCUUAAAUAAAUCAGUGAAAUAAAACGUGGCUGCCAAUUGACCUUCCUGCACUCCCUCAACGCAGAACCAACGUCCUCGACACCACAGAUGACAGCUACCUGAAAACGUGCCGCUAUGGACCGGACCAUCCUUACUGCCCCAUAUUCCACCUGGGGAACCUCGUCUCGUGGGCUGGGAGCAACUUUCAGGAAAUGGCCUCAGAGGUAUGGAGAAACCUGCUGUUCUGCUUCCUUUGGGGGAAAGGGCUACAGCUCAGUGGCAGAGCAUCUGGUCCCGGGUUCAAAGCCCCUACAUCUCCAGGUAGGGGCUGGGAGAAAGACUUCCUACCUGAAACCCUGGAGAGCUGCUGCCAGUCAGUGGUGGCAGCACUGGGCUAGAUGGAGCAACUGUCUGUACAAGGCAGCCCCAUGGCCUUGUUCAGUGGCUAGGGACUGUACAGUGGCGCCUUGGUUCUCAAACUUAAUCCGUUCCGGAAGUCCGUUCCGAAACCAAAGCGUUCCAAAACCAAGGCGCACUUUCCCAUAGAAAGUAAUGCAAAAUGGAUUAAUCCGUUCCAGACUUUUAAAAACAACCACUAAAACAGAAAUUUAACGUGAAUUUUACUCUCUAACGAGACCAUUGAUCCAUAAAAUGAAAGCAAUAAACAAUGUACAGUGGUACCUCGGGUUACAGACGCUUCAGGUUACAGAUGCUUCAGGUUACAGAUGCUUCAGGUUACAGACUCCGUUAACCCAAAAAUAGUGCCUCGGGUUAAGAACUUUGCUUCAGGAUGAGAACAGAAAUUGUGCUCCGGCGGGGCGGCGGCAGCAGGAGGCCCCAUUAGCUAAAGUGGUGCUUCAGGUUAAGAACAGUUUCAGGUUAGGAACGGACCUCCGGAACGAAUUAAGUUCUUAACCUGAGGUACCACUGUACUGCAGUCACACAAUCAAUCAAUCAGUAGCUGAACUGGGUUCCACACAGUCACAAAAACAAAACAAAAAGAGCCGCCGAAACAAAAAUGCAAAAUAAAUAGCAAAAACAGACAGACCUCAGCAUAACACUCAAAAUGGAGCACGUUCGGCUUCCGAAAAAAGUUUGCAAACCGGAACACACACUUCCGGGUUUGCAGUGUUUGGGUUCCAAGUUGUUUGAGUACCAAGGCACCACUGUAGCUCUUGAGUAGGAUCACAGAAUUGUAGAGUUGCAAGGGAUCCUGAGGAUAAUCUAGUCCAAUUUCACCCCAAUGCAGGAAUAUCCCAGCGUCCCCUAUGGGGAUCGAACCUGCAACCCUGGCGUUAUCAGCACCUCGCUCUAACCAAUUGAGCGCUUGCUUUGCAUGUAGAAGGUCCUGGGUUUCAUCCCUGGCCCCUCCAGUUGAGAAGGGGAUCGGGUGAUGGGGAAGACGCUCUCACUCUCUGCUCGAGAUCCCAGAGAGCAGUGCCGGAUUUACGUAUAAGCUAAACAAGAUAUAGCUUAGGGCCCCACUCUCUUGGGGGAUCCCAAAAAAAUGUAAAGGGAAAAAGAACCCUGGACGUACAUUUCCAAAAUAUAAGAUAUAAAACAAAGAAAAUAAGACUUGCAUAUAGCAACAGUGUUUUGUGUUGUGUAGGCUCCUAUGGUGUAGGUAAUGGGCCCUGCCUGCUAGCCUGCUCCCUAAAAUAUCACCGGUUUGCUCAUUUCUAUAUAUAGGGUGCCUACAUUCUGCAUAGGGACGCGGGUGGUGCUGUGGGUUAAACCACAGAGCCUAGGACUUGCUGAUCAGAAGGUCGGCAGUUCGAAUCCCCGCAAUGGGGUGAGCUCCCGUUGCUCGGUCCCAGCUCCUGCCAACCUAGCAGUUCGAAAGCACGUCAAAGUGCAAGUAGAUCAAUAGGUACCGCUCUGGCGGGAAGGUAAACGGCGUUUCCGUGCGCUGCUCUGGCUCGCCAGAAGUGGCUUAGUCCUGCUGGCCACAUGACCCGGAAGCUGUACGCCGGCUCCCUUGGCCAAUAAAGCGAGAUGAGCGCCGCAACCCCAGAGUCGGCCACAACUGGACCUAAUGGUCAGGGGUCCCUUUACCUUUACCUUUACCUUUCUACAUUCUGCAUGGCAACAUGUGCAAAUGGCUUUAGAUACCUAUUAGGUCCACAAAUUACCAUAUAGCACAUGGGUAGGCAAACUAAGGCCCAAGGGCCGGAUCCGGCCAAAUCGCCUUCUAAAUCCAGCCCGCGGAUGGUCCAGGAAUUGGCAUGUAUUUACAUGAGUAGAAAGUGUCCUUUUAUUUAAAAUGCAUCUCUGGGUUAUUUGUGGGGCAUAGGAGUUCAUUCAUUUUUUUCCUUCAAAAUAUAGUCCGGCCCCCCACAAGGUCUGAGGGACAGUGGACCGGCCCCCUGCUGAAAAAGUUUGCUGACGUCUGAUAUAUCAUAUAUUCAACACAAAAAAACAGCGACAAUUUGUUGUUGACAAAGGACAGCUGGACAUAUAAAGGUCCCCAUUCCCUUCAGUAUCUUAGGGCCUCAUCAAACCUAAAUCUGGCCCUGCCAGAGAACAACUGCCGGUCAGAGCAGGCUGAGCCAAGACUGUGAUGCUGCGGCAGAAAGGGCCAAAACAAUUCUCUUUUUCUGACCUGCCGUUCAGGCAGCUUCCUGGAUGGCACAUAGAUCUCUUGACAACUGGAAUGGACAAGAUCCCACUGGGAUCAGGCAGGGAUCGCAGGACCUCCUGGGGGGGAAAGGGCUCUGCGACCUUAACCUGGAGCUCGCGCUGAAGCAAACCUUUGUCUCUCUUUCGUUAAGGGUGGUGUGAUAGGAAUUCAGAUUGAAUGGGACUGUGACCUUGAUAAGCCCCCCUCUGAAUGCAAUCCUCACUAUUCUUUUAGCCGGCUGGAUAACAAGUUUGCUGAGAAAUCCGUCUCGUCAGGAUACAACUUCAGGUAACAAGACAUGGAGGGGAAGGCAAUUUUCUCGAUGUCUGCAGCAAGCAAAGUCACAGCCUUUACAAAGUAGCCCUAAGCCAGCCUCAUUCUCUCUCUCUCUCUCUCUCUCUCUCUCUCUCUCUCACACACACACACACACACACAGCCUAGCCUACCUUGCAAGGUUGUUGUAAUAAUAAUAAUAAUAAAUAAUAAAUCUUUAUUUAUACCCCGCCCUUCCCGGUUCAAAAACCGGGCUCAGGGCGGCUAAUAACAAAUUUAAAACACUUAAUUGUAAAAGCAGCAUAAAAUACAGUAUAAAAACAUGACUAACAAUAAAAUUCAAAAUUCAGAAAUCAAUUUAGGGGAAAUAAGCAUUAGAUAAUCCCCAGGGCUAGCUGGCUGAAUUGGUCCUACUUGGGCCAGCGAGGAGCCCAGGGGAGAAUUAGCUGUGGGGUCUCAGAGCGGGUAAUCUUCAUAAAAGGGGAGGGGGAGGGAAGAGAAGGGAAAUAAAAGAUCAGGCUGAAUUCAAAUUAAAGGCCAGGCGGAAUAGCUCUGUCUUACAGGGAUUAAAUGAGAAGGGGGGAGAAGUGUGUACACCACCUUGAGUUCGACGGAGAAAAAGGGAUGUAAAGCUGUGAGAAAUAAAUAUAAACGUAAUAAAUGUAAUAUAUAUAUAAAACAUUGAGUACCAUGGACGUUGCUCCCAGGUAUGUAGAUACAGAACCCCAGCAUUCAUUGAUUCAUCAGCCUGACUGAUUGUUUAAAACUUUUUGAAUGACUACCGGCGAAUUGGGCAACGCUUAAAAACAAAAGUUAAUUUAUUUUCAAGGCAAGUCCUUACCAAAAGGGUGGGUGACAGGUGCCAUUUCCUCAGGAAUUAUAUUUCCUUUAAAAAACACACGCACACACAUAUAAUCGUAAUUGCCAAAAGUCCAGAUCUACACACGGGUGGAUCUACACACGGGAGAAAAAACACACGCCAUAAAUAAGCCAGAAAUUAAAUCGUUAUAACAAAAGAAAAACGCUAUGUAAAAAUGGCAUAGAAAUUUUUUUGCUCUCUGGCACCACCUGGUGUUGCAUGUUGAUAAUGAAUUCAAAACGUUGUUUUUUGACUAACGUAGCUGAGUCCUCUCUCUCUCCCUCGCUUUCUUUCUUGCCUCUGCUAAGAUGUUCCUUGAAGUGACAUGUACAGGUUUAGAAACAAAAUGUUUUAAAGUCUGGGGCAAGAGAGAGGAGGAAAAUAUGAUCUGGGGUCUGAUGCAAAAAACAACAGCAACCAAACCCCCCAGUGCUCCCCAUUGCCUGCAGCCUCCCCCAUAACAACUACAUUUUGGGUGAAAUAACGCCAUCCCUGCUCUGCUUUUUGAUAUUGCAGGUUCGCCAAGUAUUACCGUGACGCAGCCGAUGUUGAUUUCCGGACUCUGAUCAAGGCUUACGGGAUCCGCUUUGAUGUCAUGGUGAACGGGAAGGUAGGAGGAAAUGUGUUUUGCUGCCUCGUGUUUUUCUCUUUUGGCUGGGCCGGCUCCAGGUCCGAGGGGUUUUCCUGGGCGAAGUUUUUCCCUGCCUCUCUGCAGCUGGGAUUUAGAAGAUUAGAAGAUUACUGUCUCUAACAGGGGAGGGAGAAGCUCGCUAUCAUGGCCAGCAGGCCUCAAGGAUUUAAAGGGGCAGAUUUCAUCCGAGGCUGCAUUCUUUGCAGUGCUGUUUCCCUUCCGCUACAGUUCGGCUUCUACUAAAACCUACAUUGUUUCCCUCACCGUCUGCUAUGGUCAAAACAAACGUAAUUAAUUCCAGUGGCAGGGAAACAUCGAAAACAAUGCAGGAAAGCAUGUACCGUAUUUUUCGCUCCAUAGGGUGCACCUCACCAUAGGGCGCACCUAGUUUUCAUAGGGGGAAAUCAAGGAAAAAAAUAUGAUCCCCCCCCACUCUGGGAGGAGCGGACAGGCUGUGCGCAGCCUGUGCGCUUCUCCCAGACCUCCUCCCUGCUUUUGCGGGAGGUGGGGGAAUUCCCCCAUCUCCCACAAAAGCCCACAGGAGCCACACACCUUUUAAGGAGCGCACGGCUCCUGCGGGCUUUUCUACGAGGAGGGAGAAGGGACUGACGCGGCCAGUCUGUCCCUUCUCCCUCCUGGGGAAAAGCCCGCAAGAGCCGCACGGAGCUCUUGCGGGCUUUUCCCGCCUGCCUCCCCCCUGCAUUCGCUCCAUAGGAUGCACACACAUUUCCCCUUGCUUUUUAGGAGGGAAAAAGUGCGUCCUACAGAGCGAAAAAUACGGUAAUUCUUUACAUAACGAUUUCGGACUAAAAAAAAAAAAAGAUUGACACUCUUACGUGAUUUUUGUUCCUGAUCUCAAAAGUUGGGGCAAUUUCUGCUCCUGUUUGCAACAGAGUUCUCUGACCUCCGCAGUAGCCUUUGGUAGUUUUAUUCCUCUCCUUGAAUAGGUCUUUCAAGGCCAUCCUGCUUUCGGUGGCCAUUUCUGCAUCCUGUGGCAGAGAGUUCCACAUCUCCACUUUGCCUCUCCCUUAACUCCAGGCUCCCCACAUAUGAUAAAAACAAAACUUUCCCGAACAAAAUGCUUCUGGCUAAAGGCUCAACUCUCAGCUUUCGACAUGUUUUCUUUCAGGCGGGGAAAUUUAACAUUAUUCCGACAAUCAUCAAUGUGGGAUCAGGUGUUGCGUUGAUGGGAGCGGUAAGUCGAGUUGAAUCCAAUAUAUUUUUUCAUUGACCCAGUUGUGUGCAUGAAAAUCUGUCUGCUUCCGCCAAAAAAGGCUAGUCCCAUUGUCUUAUCAAGCGCAUUCUUCAUCUCACUAAAAGGAAUCUAGUGGCUUGUAUAUGCCAAGGUUGAGCCAUGUUUCUGAAGUCAUGUGCAGGGCCUUUUUGGUUUUGGCUCCCUGCCUUUGGAAUUUUCUCCCCAGAGACCUCCGAUUCCCAGAGUUCCUUGUGAAGAGGGAUUGUUUGUUCAAGUGCUCUGGGAGACGAAUAGGAAGUCUCCCCACAAACUACAGCUCCGAGGAUUCUUUGGGUUUCGGGGUGCUUUAAACAUACAGUGUGAAUGUGGUCUGUGUUAACAACGAGACCUCAGUGGAAUCUAGACACAUAUAAAAACCGCUUUGAAAAUGCUUUUUAAAAAAAAGUUGUUAAAAAAUAAAUUGAAUUUUCCAUGAAGCUCACCAGCGCCAUCUAGUAUCACAUUUUAUAUUGCACUUAAAACACGCUGAAAACAUUUUAUUUGCCCGACACAAAGCAUGUUACUGUAGCCCAAUUGUGAGGUUCCCAAUGCAUGAAUCACAGUGGCUAAAGCUAUGCAAUCAAAGGCUGGGAAGCAGAUUUCAACAAAAUAUCAGAUCUCAUUCAGAGGUGCUGGCAUCUGAUCCUGCUCCUAGCUGGGGGGGUGGUGGUCUAAAUGACCCGCAAGGUCCCUUCCAUCUUCAAAAUUAUGUGGCUCUUUUCUGCUCUGCAGGCUUACUGUGACCUCUCUUUAUCUCUGUGUUAUUUUAUUGUCUUGAUUUCUUUAGGCUACUGUGAGAGCUUAGGCGUGAUCGGCCCUAUAGUUUCUUAUAAUGCCCAAAUCAACAUCGUGACAUGUGUCACGAUGUUGAUUUGGGCAUUAUAAGAAGCUGUAUCUAAUUUUUGAGAAGUAGUUUCGAGUAAAUCGCUUUGCAAUUGUUACUCUACGGCUUAUUAUGUUUAUGUGUUUUUUCAAUUGGAUUUCCGUAAUAUAGGCAUUCGGGUGGUUUUUGGUUUUGUGAGAGCUUAGGCUGCAUCUGCAACAUACAUUUAAAACUCAUGGAAAGCACAUCAUUCCCCCCCCCCCCCAAAAAAAAGAAUGCUGGGAACUGUAGUUUGUUAAGGGUGCUCAAAACUGUAGCUCUGUGAGAGAUAAACUAUAAAUCUGAGGAUUUUGGGGGACGGGGGGGAUGGGCUUUAAAUAUACAGUGGACUCAGCUACAUUAAAAAAAACCAACCCAACGUUUGGAAUUCAUUAUAAACGUUCAACACCAGCUGGUGCCAGAGAGCAAAAAAAAUAUAUGCCAUUUUUACAUAGUGGUUUUUUUCUUUUGUUAUAACGAUUUAAUUUCUGACUUAGUUCUAGUGAUUCCCCCCCCCCUGUGUGUAGAUCCACCGUAUAUAUACAGUGCUUUAAAAAGAACCACCCCAAACAUGUUUGGAGGCAGAAAUGGGCAGUAGCUCGAGUUCUUUUUAUUGAUUUAUUGCUAAAAUGUGUAAAUUUGUUGUGUCAGCAAUGCCUUGUCUGUCUCCUAGGGGGCUUUCUUCUGUGACCUGGUGUUGCUGUACUUCCUCCAAAAGAGCAAUUUUUACCGAGGCAAAAAAUACGAAGAAGUGAGGUAUGUUGAUUUCAGGCGCAAAGGGGCGUGUGGUGUGGCAGAGCCUUGGGGGAGUCCUGCAGAUCACCUGGUCGUCAACAUGGAGGCGGGGAGGGAAACGCCCCCUCUGACAUCAUCGUGAUGUCAGGCGAUUGACAAGUGGGUGGCCCCGCCCACUGGCCAGACUUGGCCCUCAGGAACUGGGGAGGUCAGGAUACCUACCCCUCUCCACAAACAGUUACCAUCUCUCAGCCUAACCUACCUAACAUGUAUGCUUCAUUCACCUUGAGCUCUUUGGUGGAAAGAUGAGAUAUAAACGAAAUACAGUGGUACCUCGGGUUACAGAUGCUUCAGGUUACAGACACUUCAGGUUACAGACUCCUCUCACCCAGAAAUAGGUUAAGAACUUUUCUUCAGGAUGAGAACAGAAAUUGUGCAGUGGCAGCGGGAGGCCCCAUUAGCUGAAGUGGUACCUCAGGUUAAGAACAGUUUCAGGUUAAGAAUGGACCUCCAGAACGAAUUAAGUUCUUAACCCAAGGUACCACUUAAAGCCGCCACACUAAAAUCGAAAGAAAGUAGAGAGGAUUUAAGAUGAGGCUGGUGCAACCUGUGGCUUCCGCCACCCACAGCACACCUGAAAAUCACUAACCUAAGGACUCAUCUUUAGCAAGGCUUUUCCAGGCUGGCUCCUGGCUUGUAUUCUAACAUGCUUAAUUCGGUACCUGGGACCCAGGAAUUGGAAGAGGGGUCCAGGAGUCGAGGCACCCCACACAUUCAUGACAAUACAGUGGUACCUCGGGUUAAGAACUUAAUUCGUUCCGGAGGUCCGUUCUUAACCUGAAACUGUUCUUAGCCUGAAGCACCACUUUAGCUAAUGGGGCCUCCUGCUACCGCUGCACGAUUUCUGUUCUCAUCCUGAAGCAAAGUUCUUAACCCAAGGUACUAUUUCUGGGUUAGCGGAGUCUGUAACCUGAAGCAUCUGUAACCCAAGGUACCACUGUACAAAGAAUCUGGAAGGAGAUUCAGCUCCUUGGCCGUUUUAACCAUUGACCUUGGCUUAAGACUGGGAAAUGGGCCUGAAUAAUUGAUCAUUUCCGUUGGUUUAAAAGCCUCCUGGAAUGGCCAGGAGCAGAGAGCAUCCCUUGAGAACCAUAUAUUAUAGUCAGGAAGAGGACAAAAAGCUUAAUGUGGAGUCCUUGCCGCAUGCAUUAGGAUUUUUUAAAAAUGCACCAGCAUGUUUUGAUUUUUAAAAACACACGAACCCAUACGGGUGAAUGGGUUAAAACGGGCAGUUUUCAAAUCCUCCUUCAGGAAACUCUCUUUCUCUCUCUGUGUUGACUUUGUUUGCCAAGGGAGGCGGUGAAAGUUGGGAGGGAGGCAUGCCAGGCUGGGGGUUUGCCCCCUUGUUGAACCAUGAGCCUUGGAAGGCACCCAGUGAUGCUGACUUUAACGCCAGCCCUGCUGGGGAGAGUCAAGUGAUUUGUAUUUUGCAAGAUAUGGGGUGCAAGAGCCUUUCGGUCUGAUCCUGAGGGACAUCAUUCAGAGUAAGUCCCCUGAGCAGCUUUGGUGUACUGCCGUUCAGAGUCUCUGUGGGGGCACCCCAAGAUCUUUCCCUGCCAUCAUUGGACCCCCAGAACCUACUCCAACGCUUGCUGCCCCCUUGGCCAUGAAGGGGUGAGGAUGCUUACCUUUUCAUCCCCUGAGAAGUACAUUGAGUUAGAGGAGGAAGUUAGAAGAAUGGGUCCCUAGUUUGAGACACAACUUGACCUACAAUACGAUUAUCUUUAUUGUCAUUGUCCCAUACAGAACAACGAAAUUGAAAAUCUACAUCAGACAUUCAGAAACCAACAAGCCUGCUAUCCUAGCUAUCCCAGCCUGGUUAGCCCCCUAAAAACUCUGAUACCCCAUGAUUAAAUACAAUAUAUUCCCAUAGACUACCUUACACUGUGUUUAAAACCAAAAUCGCAUUUGAAUAGAAACUGUUUCUCAGGUGACUUAGUCCUAGUCUUUAUAACCCUGUACCUUCUUCCAGAAGGCAGAAGCUGAAAGAGAUCAUUUCUGGGGUGUGCACUAUCUCUGAGGCUUUCUUAUGACACCUGGAAGCGUAGAUUUGACCCAAGGUGGGAAGAAUGCAUCCAAUUAUUCUCUCCGCAGUCUUUUCAACGCUGGACAACAUUGUUUUUCCCCUGACCAUGCAGCUCCCAAACCACACACACAGACCAUAAGUUAAUACACCUAGUUCAUUGCUGCAGCCAAAACAUACAUUCCAACAAGUCCUUCAAGCCCCGUUUCUUACAUUGGGUGUGAGGAACCAGUGGCCCUCCAGACAAAGGCAGAAUACGGCUCCCAUCAUCCCUGUGUGGCCAUUGGCCAUCUCAUUUAGGGAGUUGCAGUCCAGAGAGUCACGGGUUCCCCUCUACGCCAACGCCAUUGCCUUAUCCCUCCACGACUUCUUUCUUUGUUUGUUUUUUUGCAACAGGAAACCCGUACCAGAAGCAAAUAUCAACGGAGACCAGAGUUCUGACUCCCUCUCCAGGCUGGAUCACCUGAGGCAAUUGCAGACGGUUGAGACCUAA